ACGCCCCCUUCCACGUCGACCUGCACUCUCGCCAUAUCUUCAAUCCUGGGAGUCCCGCAGCCCGGUUUUCCACCAAGUGGAGCAGGAGAAGCAUUCAACAUUAACUGUAACUUACAGUACUGCUUUAGAGCAAAAAAAGGUCAUCUGUGUGAGCCUCCUAGCUGUGUCUAUUCAUUCAUUUAGCAACAAUGAACGUGUUCAGACUGACAGGGGACCUCUCUCAUUUGGCUGCUAUCAUCAUCCUGCUGCUCAAAAUAUGGAAAAGCAGGUCGUGUGCAGGUAUCUCUGGAAAGAGCCAAAUCCUGUUUGCCAUCGUGUUCACCACACGUUACUUGGAUCUGCUCACCUCCUUCAUCUCCCUCUACAACACAUGCAUGAAGGUGAUCUACAUCGGCUGUGCAUAUGCCACAGUCUACCUGAUCUAUGCGAAGUUCAGGGCCACCUACGAUGGCAACCAUGACAGUUUCAGAGUGGAGUUCCUGGUUGUUCCUGUCGGGGGUCUUGCUGUUCUCAUCAACCACGACUUUUCUCUCCUAGAGAUCCUGUGGACUUUCUCCAUCUACCUGGAGUCAGUGGCAAUCCUUCCCCAGCUCUUCAUGAUCAGCAAGACCGGAGAGGCAGAGACGAUCACCACCCACUACCUGUUCUGCCUGGGCCUGUAUCGGGCGCUCUAUCUCUUCAACUGGAUCUGGCGUUUCUACUUUGAGGGCUUCUUUGACAUGAUCGCCAUCGUGGCCGGUGUUGUCCAGACUGUCCUCUACUGUGACUUCUUCUACCUUUAUGUCACCAAAGUGUUGAAAGGCAAGAAGCUGAGCCUGCCGGCGUAAAAAGUACUGAAGGAGACGGCGACUCCCAGCAGACUCAGGGGGUGUGGAGAUGACAUCAUGGAAUCUCGUGACCUUAUUUGCAAAGGAUGCCUGAGACAGAGAACCAACUAACGGGGAAAAACACUAGUCUUCUUGAUGAUUGCUGAUGGAACUGGUAAAUGCCAACAAACACCAGAGCUGAACAAAGAUCAUCGCGGGUCAACCUUUGGAUUUCUGUGUUCAGCAUCUUGCCUUAAACUUCUUUUCAUUGCUGUUCAAAUAGGAGAAAAGGCUUUUUUUUCUACAUGUGAGGUGUAUACGCUUAUUUUUUUUUAUUUCUUAUAUUUUUUUUUUACAAUGUCAUAAAUAGGGUUGACUCUGAGAAGAACCUUGUUUGACUCGGUAAUGAAAUGCACAAAUGUACAGUCUUAUUAAAGAAUGACGUAAAAGAGAAAUGUAUCUGAGUGCCUGAUGAGGAUUAUGUCCAGUUUCUCACAGUACAGUAUUUUUUUUUUACUUUUUGGAUUUAAUUUUGUCUAGAUAAUUGUAUGCAUAUACUGUAAUACAUGUAUCCUAUCUUGGAAACAUUUAAAGAGGCCAACGUACAUCAAUUUUUAAAAAAUAUUGCUUUAUAAAAUUGCUGAAGACAACAUUUUAAACAUACUCUCAUCUAAAAAUAGACUCUUCAAAAAAAAGAUUUAUAAUUUCAUCUUGAGUUUAAGAGGUAACUCAUAAAAUACAACAAUCAUUUUGUCACAGCUGUCAAUAUUUUCAAAUGUUAGGUAUCUCAUUUGGAAUUAACCUUUUCAUGUGUAUACUGAUCUUUUUUUUUCCUCAGCAUACUGUUUUGAUGAAACUAAAAUGUUCUGCAGCUUCAAUAUAAAUUUCAUACAAUUGUAACAUAAUGCUACAUCACAUUCUGGAUGUAGAUAGAGCACAAACUUUGUUCUUUUGCUAUUGCACCCCAGUAACAAAAGCCUGAACACCUUUCAGUAAUAGCUUGCCAGUUAACUGAUGGUUGAAAUCAUUGACGUCAGAGUAAAGCAAUAAUGACUGAAUAAUGAUGACAUUUCCUGCACCGGGAUGAAAAGUGUGCAGAUAUUUGGUAAGAGAAUCCUCUCACGCUUUGACCAGUUGUAACAUUUCAGUUGUUAACUGUUUGUCUGGGGUGUGAAAAAUUAAACAGAUUUGACAUUUAGUAGUUAAGUUGCUCAAUAAUCGGUGAUCAUGGUGCUCAAUGGGUGCAUUUCUGUUCAGUUUAAAGGCCUGUUGUUUAACUUUUUCAAAUUAGCCAUUCCUAAACGAUUGUUUCAACUUUUUGUCUUUUUUUUUUGCAUGAUAUCACCUCCAUUAAAGAUUUUAAGAGAAUCA